GGUCCACGGCCGCUUCCAGAGCGAGUGUCAUGGCGGCCGGCGUCGAGUUGGCAGGAGUUGCCCACGGACCUGGGGAAAGUCACUAAAGCAAAGGAAGAAGCGGCCCGACUCGGACGGCGGGGAGUCGUGGGGAUGAGCGGAGGCUCCUCGGGGUGACUGUGUCACGAGGGCCGGGCCUGCGCGUCCCCGGGCGGUUGGUGGGAGCCCCCGAGCCAGCGUUGCCUGGGAACCCCGCAUUGUGCGGUCACGUCCUGAGCUCAGAGUUCUGGCCCAGUCGCGCGGAGGCCGCGGCCGGAGGACGCUUGGCGGCGCCGCCUGCCCCGCGUUGCGCGCUUGUUUUCGGAGCGGACCGAGUCGGCGUCUCAGCCCGCAGCGAUGUCGUCCUGGCUCGGGGGCCUCGGCUCCGGCCUGGGCCAGUCCCUGGGUCAGGUAGGGGGCAGCCUGGCGUCCCUCACGGGCCAGAUCUCCAACUUUACCAAGGACAUGCUGCUGGAAGGCGCGGAGGAAGUGGAAGCAGAUUUAUCAAAUUCUAGAAGAAAUGAAAUUGAAGCCAUUCAUGCAGUCUUAAAAUCAGAGAAUGAAAGGCUCAGAAAGCUGUGUGUGGAUCUGGAGGAGAGGCAUGAAGCAGCGGAGCUUCAGCUAAAGCAGCAGUCUGCGAGCUACAGAAGCCAGCUGCAGCAGAAGGAGGUGGAAAUCAGCCACCUGAAAGCGAGACAGCUGGCACUGCAGGAUCAGCUGCUGAAGCUGCAGUCCGUGCACUCGGGGGCCGGCAGCGCACCAGCCGCCAGCGCAGCGUCCGCCUUCAGUUACGGGGCCAGUCACCACGCUGCAGCUUUCCGUGAUGACGACAUGGAUUUUGGUGACGUAAUUUCCUCACAACAAGAAAUAAACAGACUGUCCAAUGAAGUCUCAAGACUUGAAUCCGAAGUUGGCCAUUGGAGGCAUAUUGCACAGACUUCCAAGGCACAAGGAACACAGAGUUCUGAUCAAAGUGAAAUCUGCAAACUGCAGAAUAUCAUUCAAGAACUUAAACAAAACCGAAGUCAGGAAAUUGAUGACCAUCAACAUGAAAUGUCAGUAUUGCAGAAUGCUCAUCAGCAGAAAUUGACUGAGAUAACUCGUCGGCAUCGAGAGGAAUUGAGUGACUAUGAAGAACGAAUUGAAGAACUUGAAAAGCUGUUGGAGCAAGGUGGCUCAGGAGUUACAACAGCUGAUCAUUCUAAAGUCUCAGAAUUGCAGAAGUCUGUUCAAGUUCUGCAAACUGAAAAAGUAGAGUCUACUAGAAGAAUCAAGGAACUUGAGGAAGAAAUAAAAGACAUAAAUCAAAGGUUAUCUUCUGCAGAAAAUGACAGGGAUGUUUUGAAGAGAGAACAUGAACAGCUAAAUGUGGAAAAGAGACAAAUGAUUGAAGAAUGUGACAACUUGAAACUGGAGUGUAGUAAAUUGCAGGCGUACGCUAUGAAGCAAGGUGACGCUGUGGCAGGGAAGGAGGCAGUUCUUGUGCAGAGUCCCGCGACGGAAGAGGUGCUGAGGCUGCAGCAAGCCCUGUCUGAUGCUGAAAAUGAAAUUAAAAGACUGAGUAAUUUAAACCAGGAUAACAGUCUCACUGAUGAUAAUCUGAAACUUAAAAUGGAAGUGCAAGUUUUAGAAAAAGAGAAGUCGUUACUGAAUCAAGAAAAGGAGGAACUUCAGAAAUCACUUGUAAAAUUAAAUAAUGAAUAUGAAGUCAUUAAAAACACAGACAUGAGAAAUUUGGAUUCAGAAUUACAUGACUUAAGAUGUAAUUUGGAGGCAAAGGAACAAGAACUCAAUCAGAGUAUUAAUGAAAAGGAAAUACUGAUGGCUGAGUUGGAAGAACUGGACAAACAGAAUCAAGAAGCUACAAAGCAUGUGAUUUUGAUUAAAGAUCAGCUAUCAAAACAACAAAAUGAAGGCGACAUCAUCAUCAGUAAACUAAAACAAGAUCUGGAUGAUGAAAAAAAGAGAGCUCACCAACUUGAGGAUGAUAAAGUGAACAUUAUUAGAGAGUUGGAUGUGGAGAAAGAAAAGCUAAUUCAGAGUGGGUGGGCACUGAAUGAUUUGCAUUUAGCCAAGCAGAAGCUUGAGGAGAAAGUAGAAGAUUUAGUAGAUCAGCUAAAUAAAUCACAGAAAAGUAAUACAAGCAUCCAGAAAGAGAACCUUGAACUUAGGGAGCUUAUUUGCCAAAACGAGGAGGCGCUCUCUAGAGUCAGGAAUGAGUUACUCCAGUCUCUCAGUCAAGACUUCCACAGUGAUUUUAGUGAGAAGCUCCCUAAAGGAAAGGAAACGGAAGCGCGAAAUUUACAGCAGAAUCUGUCAGAAAUAGAACAGCUCAAUGGGAAGUUAAAGAAAGUUGCUUUUGAUCUCAAAAUGGAAAAUGAAAAGUUGCUUUCAGCAUACGAAGAGGUAAGACAUCAGUUGGAAGAAUCCGUUGCUGUUAACCAUCAGAUUUCUGUGGAAAAAGACAGUGUUGUGGAGCCUCCAAGAAGGGCGGAGGGGCAGGCGGAAGCGGGGUUACGUGGGGCUGAGCAGAGCGGUGAGGGACUGGGUCCCGCGGCCUUGCAGCUGGAGUGUGAGCAUUUAAUUCAGCUCAGUCAGGAGAAAGACCUGGAAAUAGCAGAUCUCAAAAAGCACAUCGAGCAAAUGGGUACCGAGCAUAAGGAAACCAAGGAAAUGUUGUCAUCUAGUUUAGAGGAGCAGAAGCAAUUGACACAACUGAUAGACGAGAAAGAAAAUCUUAUUGAACAACUUAAAGAAAGAAGUUCGGUGCUGCAGGAGGAAUUAGAUAAAUACACUCAGGCCUUGAAAAGCAAUGAAGUUUUAAGGCAGACGCUGGAGGAAAAGGAUAGAAGUCUGGGCUCCAUGAAGGAAGAGAACAAUCACCUGCAAGAACAGCUGGAGCGCCUGCGGGAGCGGCAGAGCCGGGCUGCGCAGGGGGCCGAGCCGCGAGCCCCCGACGGCGCUGCCGAGCUGGAGUCAGAGGUGUCCCAGCUGACCGUCACCAAGCGCCACCUGGAAGAGGAGAUCAGGCAGCACCAAAAGGUCAUUGAAGAUCAAAACCAGAGUAAGAGACAGCUCCUUCAGUCUCUGCAGGAGCAGAAGAAGGAAACGGAGGCGUUUAAAUACCAGUACGAGCAAAUGAACGCCACACAUGCGCAGCUGUUUCUAGAGAAAGAUGAGGAAAUCAAGAACUUGCAGAAAACAAUCGAACAGAUCAAAACGCAGCUGCGUGAGGGACGACAGGACAUGCACACCGAGAAUUCUGAUAUUUUCCAAGAAACGAAAGUUCAGAACCUUAGCAUAGAAAAUGGAAGCGAGAAGCAUGAUUUAUCUAAAGCUGAAACAGAAAGAUUAGUGAAAGGGAUAAAGGAGCGAGAGCUGGAGAUUAAGCUUCUCAAUGAAAAGAAUAUAUCUUUAACCAAACAGAUUGAUCAGCUGUCCAAGGAUGAGGUUGGCAAGCUCACUCAGAUAAUCCAGCAGAAAGACUUGGAGAUACAAGCUCUCCAUGCUAGAAUUUCUUCGCCUUCCUACCCCCAGGACAUCCUGUACCUGCAGCAGCAGCUCCAAGCCUACGCUAUGGAGCGGGAGCAAGUGUUAGCUGUCCUGAGUGACAAGACAAGGGAAAACAGCCACCUGAAAACAGAGUACCACAGAAUGAUGGACAUAGUCUCUGCCAAGGAAGCGGCCCUCGUGAAGCUGCAAGACGAAAACAAACAAAUGUCCACCAGGUUUGAAAGUAGCGGCCAGGAUAUGUUCAGAGAAACUGUUCAGAAUCUGUCACGGAUCAUCCGAGAGAAGGACAUUGAGAUCGACGCACUAAGCCAGAAAUGUCAGACUCUACUGACCGUCCUGCAGACGUCUGGCGCCAGCAGCGAGGCUGGCGGUGUCAACAGUAACCAGUUUGAGGAGCUGCUGCAGGAGCGUGACAAGUUAAAGCAGCAGGUGAAGAAGAUGGAGGAGUGGAAGCAGCAGGUGAUGACCACCGUGCAGAACAUGCAGCACGAGUCGGCCCAGCUGCAGGAGGAGCUGCAUCAGCUGCAGGCGCAGGUGUUGGUGGACAGCGACAACAACUCUAAACUGCAAGUGGACUACACGGGCCUGAUCCAGAGUUACGAGCAGAAUGAAACCAAACUGAAAAACUUCGGGCAGGAGCUGGCGCAAGUGCGGCACAGCAUAGGGCAGCUUUGCAGCACCAAGGACCUUCUUCUGGGCAAACUUGACAGCAUUUCACCCCAGCUGGCUCCUGGGCCGGCCCCGGCUUCCGAGGCAGCGGGGCCUGCUGCAGCCGGCGAGGCCGCUGGGGCCUGCGAGGCGUCUCCGCGGCUGCGGCAGGAGGUGGAGGAGCUGAGGAGGUCGCUGCAGCAGAAGGACGCCGCGAUCAGAACGCUGCAGGAGGACAACCGCCGGCUGUCCGACUCCAUCGCCGCCACCUCGGAGCGGGGGAGGAGGGAGCACGAGCAGAGCGGCUCGGAGAUCAGGCAGCUGCAGGAGCGGCAGGACGCCCUGCAGAGCCUGCUCAGGGAGAAGGACCUCCUCCUCAAGGCCAAGAGCGAUGAGCUGCGCUCCUCCAGCGAGGAGGUCACCAACAAAGUGAACGAGAACGAGCUCCUGCGGCAGGCCGUCACCAACCUGAAGGAGAGGACGCUGAUCUUGGAGAUGGACAUCUCGAAACUGAAGGGAGAAAACGAGAAGAUAGUGGAAGCGGCCAGGGGGAGGGAAACCGAGUACCAGGCACUGCAGGAGACCAACAUGAAGUUCUCCAUGAUGCUGCGAGAGAAGGAGUUCGAGUGCCACUCGAUGAAGGAGAAGGCUCUGGCCUUUGAGCAGCUGUUGAAAGAAAAAGAGCAGGGCAAGGCUGGGGAGUUAAAUCAACUUUUAAAUGCAGUUAAGUCAAUGCAGGAGAAGACGGUUACGUUUCAGCAGGAGAGAGACCAGGUCCUGCUGGCCCUGAAACAGAAGCAGAUGGAAAGCAGCACCCUGCAGAAUGAGGUUCAGCACUUACGUGACAAAGAAUCACGGCUAAACCAGGAGCUGGAGCGGCUGCGGAACCAUCUUUUAGAAUCGGAGGAUUCUUACACUCGGGAAGCUUUGGCUGCAGAAGACAGAGAGGCUAAACUAAGGAAAAAAGUCACAGCAUUGGAAGAAAAGCUAGUGUCAUCCUCCAGCGCAAUGGAAAAUGCCAGCCACCAGGCCAGCGUGCAGGUGGAGUCGUUGCAGGAGCAGCUGAACGUGGUCUCCAAGCAGAGGGACGAGGCCGCGCUGCAGCUGUCCGUGUCUCGGGAGCAGGUGAAGCAGUACGCGCUGUCCCUCAGCAACCUGCAGAUGGUGCUAGAGCACUUCCAACAAGAGGAAAAAACUAUGUAUUCUGCUGAGUUAGAAAAGCAAAAGCAGCUUAUAGCUGAAUGGAAGAAAAAGGCAGAAAACCUGGAAGGAAAAGUGGUGGCAUUACAAGAACGUUUGGAUGAAGCAAAUGCUGCGUUGGACUCAGCGUCAAGACUUACAGAACAGUUAGACCUGAAGGAAGAACAAAUUGAAGAACUUAAAAAACAAAAUCAGCUCCGACAAGAAAUGCUGGAUGAUGUACAAAAGAAAUUGAUGAACUUAGUAAACAGCACAGAAGGAAAAGUGGACAAAGUCCUGAUGCGCAACCUCUUCGUUGGGCAUUUCCACACACCGAAGAGUCAGCGACACGAAGUGUUGCGGUUGAUGGGCAGCAUCCUGGGCGUGAAACGGGAGGAGAUGGAGCAGUUGUUUAAAGAAGAUCAGGGUGGUGUGACCAGGUGGAUGACAGGAUGGCUUGGAGGAGGAUCAAAAAGUGUCCCCAGCACACCCUUGAGACCCAAUCAGCAAUCCAUGCUUCACAGUUCUUUUUCAGAACUUUUUGUUAAAUUCCUAGAGACAGAAUCUCAUCCAUCUGUUCCACCACCAAAACUUUCUGUUCAUGACAUGAAGCCUCUAGAUUCUCCAGGAAGAAGAAAACUGGAUACAAAUGCACCAGAAAGUUUCAAAGAUCCAGCGGAGUCCAGGUCUGGUAGAAGAGCUGAUGUGAAUCCGUUCCUGGCCCCCCGCUCUGCUGCCGUGCCCCUUGUUAACCCAGCUGGACUUGGCCCCGGGGGGCCUGGGCACUUGCUCCUCAAACCCAUCUCAGAUGUUCUGCCCACGUUCGCCCCUUUGCCGGUGUCGCCGGACAACAGCGCUGGAGUUGUGUUGAAAGACCUUUUAAAGCAAUAAAGGACCCUCCAGCCAGAGCCAGAGACGACACAGCACUUUAAAGAAACCGUGAGCGCUAUGCGAUGUCCGUUAUCACAAAGUGCCCUUGGGAAGACAUUCAUGUGUAUGUUUGUAGUUGUACUUUCUCUAAGUUUAAUAAAAAUGUUCUCAGUGCUUUUAGAAAUCGGCAGGAGUCAGAGGAACAGCUGUUCUUUUCCUUCUCUGAUUUGACCUAAUACAAACUAGAAAUACUUGAUUUACCCUUUUCUUAAUUUACAUUUUAAAAAGACAAAUCCUGGUCGCUGUACUAUACAUCAGCUUUUUAUUUCCUUCUCUGGUUUUCAAGCUCUCCUAAGCUAGAGACAAGUGAUUCACCUUUCAAAGCUCAGAGUCUGGGCGCUAUGUAGCAGAGAGCUGAGGCACGUAGUGCGUGCGCAGGCCCCGGAGCCCGGGAAUGGCAAGUGUGCGAGGGUCUGUGCGGCAUCCGCCCGGCUGUGCUCACGUGACCAGCACCCCAGUCAGGGUGCAGGCCUUGGUCCAUCGUAGCCUUAACCCCCUCGUCUACCCCCUCCUCGCUCCUGCCGUAACCCCUGGCGGCCGCCCAGCGAGCGUCCCUUCAUUGGCAGGUGCAUGGUGUGGGCACCCUUGCAUUUUAAGGCCUCUGGCGUCUGCUUAGAGGUCGCAUCUUAAAGUCAGAGCUCCCUCACGCAGGUGCGCAGAGCCCGCGCCCGCGCCUCCACACCCGCCCGCCCUGCGGUCGCUCUGACAGUACCAGCGCCAGGUGUUUGUGACCUAAGAGGACGAGAGUAUUGCUUUAAUUUUGUGUUAAACUAUCAUGAAAAACCCUGACUUGAAACUUAAUUGUAUCAAGAUGUUCAGAUUUGUGUUAGUUGUUGAAGUUGUACAUUUAAAAUGACACUUCUCGUGUAUGUUGUGGAUUUCAAUAUGCCUUUAAAAUAGCAACAUUUUGUAUAGCAAGGAAAGGUGAAAAUAAGACUAAUCCAAGUAUGUAAAUAGGCCUGGCUCUGGCCAGAGCUUACUUUGGUUGUUUGUAUGUUUUGCUGUGGCUCACGGAAUAUUUCUAAUGUAUUUGAAGACUGUUGACGGCAGGUGAAACCUGUAUCCGCCAUCCCUAUGUACCCUGGCGGGAAGCUGGUGCACAGAUCCUGUGUAAGAACUUCUCAGCUGGCCCUGGGCUUACGCUGAGCAAGCGCCGGCACUCACGGCUGCAAGUGACGCACUGGGCCUCCCAGAUACCCCAGCUCAGCGGCACCGGGCCUCCGGGACACCCUAGGUCAUUGGCACUGGGCCCCCGGACACCCCAGCUCAGUGGCACCGGGCCUCCCGGACACCCCAGCUCAGCGGCACCGGGCCUCCCGGACACCCCAGCUCAGCGGCACUGGGCCUCCUGCGCCGCGCGGUGCCGCCCCUGGCCUCUGCCUGCACACAGCACGGGAGAGGAUCGAGUUUCAGACUGCGUGUGUGGAAGGCGGAAGAAUCGGAAGUGGGGGCCGACUGUCACUCCUGGAUCCCUGUGUGCUCCUUCCGAGGACGUUCCCGCUGGCCGUCCUGAAUCACCUGCUGCUUCGCCACUGGAGUUUUAGUUCAGUGCGGAGCAGCUGAAACACUAGGUUCAAGUUUAAAACAAAAACGGUUCUUCAUUUUGAGGACAUGCAGAAAAUGUUUUAUUUUGAAGAGGACGUGCAUGGUGGGUAUGUAAGUAGUAUGUCACCAUAUUUGAAAUGCCUUUUAUGACAUUUUGAGUAUUUCCUUCCCUGGUCAGAACAGCCUGUCUCCCCCCACCCCGCCCCCCAACUCGGCAGUUCAGCGUUCGUUUGAAAGCUGUCGUGGAUGGACUGCAUAUCCACAGAGCACAGAGCACGCUGUUACAGAGCUGCUGGUUAGUAAGUGCGUCCCAGAUAGUCUUGUCCUGAAGCUGUGUCCCAAAUGCUUCCUCCGUACCGUUGAAGCUGCGGCUGGCUGACUCGCUUUGACCCCAAGCAGACACAGCUCGCCCGCUGCCCUGAAGCCGAGCCGUGUCAGAGGUGAGCCGUCUGCUCAAGGAAUCUCUCCUGUCGAGACUGAGGGAGCCUGCCGUCCCAGUGUUCGCCACAGGCCGCUGCUGUCAGUACCUGGGCUGCGGUAUCAGUAUGCAGCUGCGGUCAUUUUACUGUUUGUGGUUGAUCUCUGCCUGAGCUGCCCGUUUUUCACAACAUUCCUGGUGGUUUUCAGCCGUGUGUAGCUGAACGAUACUGCAGCACAGCUUCCCUGCAGGCGUGGGUUGGACCCUUCUGGUGUAGUACUGUGUCCCUCGGUGGUGUGAGUUAGUUCCUACCAUUCUUGAUUUGAGCAAAUAAAGGAAAAAAGCACAACAGAACCAUGGGAACAGAGGAAUGACUUUCUCGCAGCUAAUCAGCUAAAGCUUUAAGUAUCCCACCCCAAAUAAAGCCUUCCGUUUCGUUUAACCUCCUAAUGGUUACCUGAGAGGGACCCCUCCCGAGUCAGUGGUUUGGUGAGAAGUACUUAGAAAGUGCUGUGUGGCAUCAAACGUAAGAGCAUUUGAAUUUGAUUUCUAAAGCUAGUGAAGUUUUUCAUAUGUCCAAGUAUGUAAAACAUCUUCCAUCAAUGAAAAUAUAAUUUUGUAAAUACCAAAUGAGCUGUGAUAUUUAUUUUAUAUAUUCCUAUGGGAAAAAAAUAAUGUUCUGAUAUUUGUAAUUAUUUGCCAAUCUUUACUUUUUAACCUAUUAAGUUAUCUCUAUUUAAAAAUUUCAAAUUUUUGGGCUCAGUGUUAUGGCGUAAUGGGUCAAGCCCUAGCCUGCAAUGCUGGCAUCCCGUGUGGGCUCCGGUUUGUGUCCUGGCUGCUCCACUUCUGAUCCAGCUCCCUGCUAUGGCCUGGGAAAGCAGCGGAAGAUGGCCCAGGUGCUUGGGCCCCUGUGCCCACAUGGGAGACCUGGAAAAAGCUCCUGGCUUCAGCCUGGCCCGACCCUGGCUGUUGCAGCCAUUUGGGGAAUGAACCAGCAGAUGGAAGAUUUCUCUGUCACUCCUCUCUGUAACUCUGACUUUAUCAAGUAAAUAAAAAUAAAUCUUAAAAAUAAAUAAAAUUAUAAAUUUUCUCUUGAUUUUUAGAGAAAUAUCUAAAUGUGGGGAAAUUUCCAAGCCAACCUUAAUAUUAAUUAUGUUUUAUAGCGCUAAAGUCAAUGCAUCUUUUAAUUUCUCAGGAGCAUUGUAAGGCAAAAAAUAUUCCAAAUAAAGAUGAUAUAUGUAAGUUGGCAA